AUGAAUUGUAUCCAAAAAAUUUUAUAUACGUUAAACUUUGUAGGUUUAUUAUUGUUAUUGAAUAAUUACAUAUUUCAAAAUAGUCUUUUAAAUGGUGAAAAGAGGGGACUAAAAGCUAUAAGGUCAUUGGGAGAAUUUAGCACACGCUUAUCAAGAAAAAAUGAAGAACUUUCAAGUGGUACAUUAACAAUAGAUGAUGAAAACAAUGAAAGUGAAGAUUAUAAUGAAUUAAAAAAUGUGCUCAUCGAAAUUGCGUCACGAGCGGAUGAAUUAUUAAAAGAAGGAAAUGAAAAUGUUAAAUCACGAUUAAACGAUGUAUUAAAUGAAGAAAUCUUAAAAAUAAUAACGGAAUCAGAAAAUUUUAUGAAAGAAGAAAAAAAGAAGAUUGAAAUCAAAAAAGAAAAAAUAUUGAAUGGAGAAACACAUAGAACAAGAAUGCUGAUGAGCAAAUUAGCUAAAAAAAGAAUAAUAAUAUGGGAAGAUUAUGAUGAACUAGUGGUAAUUGAAGAUUUAUAUCAGAUAAUAAAUGAUAUGCAAAUUGACAAUGCAGCAAAGGUACGUGUUAAACAGCUUGCAAGAGACUUUAUAAAUAGUAAAAGUCCAUUUGACCAUGUUAAAAUAUAUAAAGAAAUUAAGAAAUAUACAAAAAGUGAAAUAUCUAGAAAUAAAAAGCCUCUAAAUAUUAAUGAAAUAAUUGGAUACUUAAAAACAACUAAACUUGGAAAAAUAUUGUCAAACCCUUUUGUAAUAUUAGAAUUAGCAAAACAUAUAUCUUUAGAUACUUUUCUGCAUUUUUGUUUACAUGCAGUCGAGAAUGUAUCUAAAUUUAUACUACCAUCAGUAACUAUGUUUUUUAUUUUAUUGUAUUAUAUAGUUGCGAAUAAACAUUUCUUAAAAUCAUUGAUAAUGAAAACUAAUAAAAAUCAGCAAAAUGAUACUAGAGAAAAUAUAAUUGAAACUGAAGAAAAUAAAACAUAUGCUAUGAAUGUAAAAGGAGAAAGUGAGACGAAAAAAAAAGAUAUUAUGGAUAAAAAAAAAAAGAUGUAUAUAAUAAAGGUAACAAUAUAUUUGUCAAAGGAAAUAUAA